UUCGAGUAAAUACCGGUCAUGUGACCGCGCGCGUGCGAGACUCGCCUUGCCCAAGUCAGUGCUCUGAUAUCGGCAAGCACAAUUAGCUAUUGUUGUUUGUUUUCUUUUUGUUUACAAAUCUUUUGCACAAUGGACAAGUUGGAUAAAAACGUGAAGGCGGACGUUUUCCCUGCCGUUGGAUAUAAGGCGAUGGACUAUGUCUUUGAGGCCCACAGUGGCAUGAAGGUGUUGAGGAACUUGUGGAGCUUGCCAGCGGCUUACUUCUCUGGCACCAGUGACCUACUUGUUGCUACCCUGGCUGAAGACUCGUUUAGAAACCCCUGGACCCGAGGGAACUGGAACACGAAAUGCAGAAUUGAUGGUAAUGCUGUUGAUGACCUCAGAGGAAACACACCGGCGGAUUGGUUGGAAAGGUUUUAUGUGCAUGAAGAUGUUGAGGUCAUACCCAGCUCCAAUCCCAACUCACCAGGCCUCCCAAACCAGGAAGAGCUUCAGCACGUCCAUAGCAUCUCAUUGUCUGAAGUUCAAUGUGACGAGUUGUUUACAGUGUUGACCAAUGACCUUGUUGGUGAUUGGAAGUGCAGAGAUCUUCAUCUUCCAGUAGACAUUGUGGUUGUGGAUCCCAUACCACACUUCAGGAAACACUUGCCCAGUUUAAAAACCUUGUUGUCCAGACUGAAGACUCUCUAUGUGCUUGACCCACUCCUGAGUAGGACCAGUGAUACUGAAGAACUAACACUCAGGCACUGUGAGGCUUACAUACCAUCUCCAAGUGUCGACUACCAGACGUCUCCCAAGUUGGAAGAGUUUUCUAAAGAACCCCUGAAUGAUUUUGAGAAGCUGGUGUUACCUGGUGUCAUAAAUAACUUGCAACUGGCCUUAGAAAGCGGCACCCAGUUCUUGGAGGUUUGUGCUGCCUUGAAAUCUGCUUCUGAACAGCAGCAGGAGCAUCCUCCUAUACUGGAACUGCUUCACUCAGUUGAGCCACCAGAGAUUUUCGAGCGUGCUCCACCAGAAUUAUGCGAUGAAGAGUCAUGGACAGAUCAAUGCAUGGAUGCAGAAGUUAAAGGACGUAUGUUUCUUCCCAAUGAUCUGGAGCUAGAUGUGACUCUGACACCAACGGCAGCUCGGACUCAUAUGUCUACCUCCAACCUACUGACAGAGCAUGUGUCUCCAUUAAGCCAGCCAUAUCUGUUGUCAGCAAGAGCGAAACAAGGAAAGGAGAGGGGUGUGUGGAAUUCCGAGAAACACUUGAAGUUUGUGCUUCAUUUCCUGUUUGCAGAACCUGAUGUCAUCAUUGAAACAUUUGAAUUCCAUCCUCUUUCUGAAGCUUUGAAGCUAAACUUGGAGAGAGAAAUUAUUAAUGAGUCUCAGAUGGUGGUGCAUUUGUGUCCAUCUGUCGAAUCCAUUGAGAAGCUCGACUCUCUGUGUCAGUCCGCUGAAACUGAGCUGAUGGAAGAGAUUUUCCUGCAAGUGCUGCUUCACUCUGAAGAUUACUCAUCCAGUCUUUCGUUGAAGUCUUUUCACAUGGUCAAAUGCAGAACUAGAACUUCUCCUUCAACCAGACAGGAGUCAUUCACACAUGAGGCAUUAUCUCCUUCCUCUGCUUCAGUCAGUCGAGAGUCGUCGCUUGUUGACACUGGGACUUCCUCACAGCACAACACUGUAGUCCUUCAAACCAGGCCAGUGCAGCCAUCCACCUCAUCCAGUCUGAAAAUGAAGAGGAUCCAGAAGCUGUCAGACCCUUUGUCCAACUUCAUGAUGCUGAGAUCGGAACACAAGUCUUCAGAGACCAAGAUCUCCAACACCCUCACACCGACCUCAACCUUGGUGAGAAAAAUGAAACACUCAGAGCUUCAGUCCACAGAGCCAAAACAACAUGUGGAGGAGGUGCCAUCUUUCAAAAACUCCGUCCUGACCGGAUACGCCGGCAGGGAAUCCACAGCUGCUGACCUCCCUUUAGCCCAUCCAUCAGUCGGCCAGGAAAAACCAAGUAGUCAUGUGGUUCAAGUUCAAGCCUCUGACAGUCAGCAGCGAGCCUACCUGGAGCUUCUGACCUUUGUUCAGCCUCAACUAUCAGCCACUAAAGAGUUUGGAAUGAAUCAUCCUGCGUGCUGCGACUUCAGACGCCUGUCUCCAGACCAAACUCACUAUUUGCAGAAGCAGGUGGAAGUGGCUCUGUGCCACAAUCAGGAUUUGUCCCCAGAUCAGCUGCUGUUGUUCAACAGUGUCCAAGUGAUUCACACUUUGGUGACCGUCAAAGAACUGCUGCUCCAGUGUGACCUCAGCACUGCUUUAGACUACCUGGUCCAGGCAGCAGAAAAGUGCCCACAGCAGAACCUAGAGCUGCUGAUAAAGAAGCUCAAGAUCAUUCGGCACAUCUGCCACAAGGAGUCCAACCACAAACUUCAGCAGCUGCAGCACCUGAUCUCUACAUCAAAUACGGCCGACGCACAGACUUCUGAUAAAAUUCUCAUCAUUGUGUCAGUGGACUGUGACGACAGCAUGUCAGCAAUCAUCCAGAGUUUGAGCCAAUAUACAGCUGUAAUGUCUGCUCAUCCAGAGGAGAACCAGACCAAACUGUUCGGUGCCAGUUUAGUGAGUAGCAUGAGUGACAGUAAGUGCGUGCUAGUGUACGGGCAGCACAUCGGACCAGACUUCCCCUGGGAUGCCUUCUCUCUGGUGGUGGAGUUCAAUUCCCUGGGCCUCUCACCGUGGACCAGCAUAUGCAGAGACAGAAGCGUCAGUCACCUGAGACUCAGCACAUCAUUGCCUGAUGAUCUUGAGACGAGUUUCUGGUGUCUGGAAGAAGAACUUCCCUAUGUGCUCAUCGUAACAGAUGGUCUAGUCAACAGUCCUCUGUUACUGCAGUCACUGGAGUCACGGUUCAACCUGACAGUGCUGGAGAGAAGCGCCUGUCAGCCUCUGCAAAUGUCUGGUCAUAGUCAGUACUUCUCUGUCAUUACUGUGGAUGAAGCAACCACCAUCAUCGUUCAGGAACUGGACGAGCUGCAUCAUGAUAGGGCCAGUGAGCAUGUGGUGAUGAGGCUGAGCGCGCUGUCUCUGCAGUAUAGCUACUGCUGGAUCAUCCUGUACCAGCGCAACAGCCCGGAAGGAGGGUUUUCCGGUGAGGUCUUCAGUAACCUGCUGCUUCUUUACUCCUCCCUGCUUUUGUUCAGCCUGAAACCUGAACAUCUCAACGUGAAGGUGCUCAUCGUUGGUGAAGUUCUCGAUGUGGCUCGCUGGAUCUGCCGCAUCUGCUUCCUCAGCAUGAUGUCCAAUGACCAUGAUCCCAUCGGUUUCCUGGAUAGAGCUUGGCUGACCGUGACACCCUCAAAAGAUGAGCAGAGUCUGUGUCAGUUCCCCUGCGUGACCUCUCUGGUGGCUCAGUUGAUGCUCAAGAGGGCACCGUCAUUGCCGUGGCUACUGGAAGCUUCUCUGCCUCAGAUGAGGAAACUGCUGCCUGAAGUGCCAGAGAAAGUCUUGAAGCUCUUCUGUGAUACUACCUCCCUCUACCGUGCUCCUGUGUGGCCAGAACAGGGACUAACUUGCACUGAGAGCCCAGAACCCACCAGUCAUCACUGCAGCUUCUGGAUUCCCAAUACAGAAAGUCAAGGCUCAGAACUUUUUGACCGCACCACUUUCCUCGACGGUCCAGAAGAUGGCACCAUGUUCUCAUCACAGCAGAAGAAUCACGUUGGUUUAUUUGACUCCAGUAGUUCCUCUGACAGCCCUGGUGUUUUCUGCCAGAGCAUCUUAGAUCUGUGGAAAGAGCAGAACAGAAUGGAAGAUGGUUGGAAUCGCAAGAGCCAAGCAGCAGAUGAUUUGAUCCAGACUCUUUGCUCAGGAGAUCCCACCUGCAUCCUGGACCUCACUCCAGCUGCUCAACCACCACACUGGGGUCACAGAGGCAAAAACACAAGGCAGGAGAGUGACACUAACUAUAGCUACAAAUGCUGGAUCGGAGAAGAGAGGAAGAGAAGUGGAGAUGUCAGCAGUCUGCCGGACACUGGGUUGUCUCCAGUCAAGAUCCCCAGAUGGAGUUGCGAGCAAGUUCCCGGCCGCAGUGACGGACAGACGAGACUGCGACUGUAUUAGACUUCAGCUGGGCGUCCUGGUUCUGUGUUCUAGUUCUGAAGAAGAAAACAACUGGAGCUGUGCGUGUCUGAGAUUCUGUUGCUGUUCCAACUGUUAUAAACCUGCACCUGUGUCUUGGCCUCCAGGUGGAUCAAUCACCACGCAUUAGUCAAUAAAACAUUUUGGAGUUGUUCUCACCCCCUUCCACAGCUUCACUGAUUUCCACAGUUAGUGAUUCAAUCCCCUUAUCCGGUCCUCCCAGUAGGCUGAGGGUUCUUAUCUCCACGAGCCAGCAGAGCAAAGCCCUCCUCCUUGGUGAACGAU